UGCGUCCGUAGCGGAGACUAUUUAAAUCUAAAAGAACAGCAUUCAACUUUCAAUUUUCAAGACCACUCGAUUUCUCAUCUUUAAAGAAUUGCAUCAUAGUCAAAUAUGGGAACGAUACCGAAAGGCAUCGAAUUUGUCAGUACCAUUUUUCUUGAAGAUAGCAGCAUUUGUUAUACUGUUGGUUGCCAUAGUUAAACUUGGUGCAUUUUUGGACAAAGCAGAUUUAAACGUUAAUCGCUUUGGCCUUAGUACUUUCGAUUAUUGGGGGAAUAAAGGUAGCUUGGAUUUUGGAAUGUUUGCCAUCGUUGUCUCUUGGCUUGUUGUCAUCAUAAUGGUUGUUCUCUUUGUUACUGGAUUGCAUGAAAAAGUCACCGUCAUUAACUGGCCUUUGACGGUGUCCAUCAAUUUGGUGAUAUGGGCUGUGAUGCUGUUUAUAGCCGGUUGUGUCUUAGCUGAUGCUGCUCGCAAGUAUGAUAACGACAAGAAAGGAAGUAAUUAUACAUUCUGUAGUUACGUGAAGGCGAGAAAUGCUGAUGCAAGAUGCGGUCAUCUUAUUGGUGCUACGGUCUGCUGUUUUAUCGCCACUAUUAUAUUUGCAGUCGAUGCUUUCUUCAACUUCCAGUUGUUUAUAGGCAAAGCACCUCCAGCUCAAACCUCUGCAUCUGCAACCACUUCUGCAUAGAACUAAUUGAAACUGUAAUUUCUGUAAGCGGUUUUAUAUUUCAGUUGAAACGGUAUUCCUUGACAGCGGUUUUAGUUACUGUUGAGCUUUGGCUAUGUCUUUUUUGACAUUAAGAUUGGUUUAUUUUAUCAUUGAUAUACACUGAAUGCAUGGUAUCAUUUAGCAUUUCAUAGUUUUCUUUUCCACGUAACUUUAGUUUCAGCAAGCUUUUGUUUUAUUUUUCAAAUAAAUUAUACAUGUGAUAUACACGGAUAGUUCGAUUGAAGUUAGAGGUGUGUACAAUAAGAAUUUAAAUGGCUCUUUUAAAAGCACUUUGCUGGGCUUUGA